AUGCGCACUCAACUCUGGGUUUUGCUUGUGGCUUUAGUCACUCUGCUGGCAAACACGGCAAUGGUGUCAGCAAAGAGCGCAACGUCGGAUCUGGGUCAGACGUCGGGAUCGAGCUCCAUGACAUCCAUGGACCAAGUCCGUGCUCUUCGAAGUCUACGCCAACUACGCCGCGAUGUACCGGGCGGUACUAGCGAUUUGGAGGGCAUCAAGACCGUCAAUGAGGCAAUCACGGCCGGAGAAGAGCGAGGUUUCAGUGAUGGAGUGUCAAGAAACUUUUUCGCACGAUCACCGCUGAUCGACCAAAAGCCAAGGGCGAAAUUAAAACCUUUCACGAAGUGGAAACUAGCCUUCAGCAAGUGGCAGACAAGAUAUUGGGUGUAG